CGACGGUAAUCGGGCUCAGACCAACAGAUUGAAAAAAGGCCGAGAAGUUACAGAUUCAAAGUAAAAAUUCAAGCGAUCAAAGUCUCUAUCAAAAAAAUUUCUGUUACGAAUUAUUAGCUUGUAUUUUCCCUGUAUGUGGGGAAUAGCAUCUAGAUUUUAUUUUUCACCAAGUGACUCCUGAAUCUCCUGGAUUCAAAGAACAGCAGCACUGAAAACCCAAGAAUAAACGUUUGUAAAUCAAAUGGUUAAGGGGAGCGCAAAAAGGAGGGUCGACCCAGAGAACUGGUUAUUUCAUAGUAGUAGCAGACCACGCAAGAAAAUAGGACAUCCAGGUGUUGUAAAUAUUAGCCCUGCUUCUGUUUCAGCUCAGUUACUUGCAGUGACAUCAUCCUCUCGGAUUAGAACAGUUAUUGGUCAGUCUGUAGCUGCUAGGUUGCUGGAUUUUAUACUCACAACUCUGCGAAACUCAUCCAUGGAUUCCUCUUCCGAAGAGCUUCUCUCUGAUGCCUUGUUUGCAGCAUUACCCGUGCUUCUGGAUCGUAACUUGUCACAGGUAUCUCUCUGGAGUGCAGAAACUCUUGGGGCAGUGGUUCUCUGGUCAUAUGAAAUGAAUGUGAAAGUUGCUAAUGAUAAAGAAAUUGUCACCGCCCUUGUAGCCAUGAUAAGGAAUCAAAACACAGAUAUUUCAGGAGCUGCUUGCAAUACACUGAUGGAUUUGGCAACAACAUCGGCUGGAAGAGAAAAGCUUCGAGAAGCUGGUGCUAUCAAACAACUGUUUUAUAUGUUUUGUCAGGUUUCCCAUUCUUUGUGCAAAGGUAAAGUAGAAUUUGCUGAUCAAAAGCAUUUGUCAAGAUCAAGUGGCACACAUUCUGCCUUACAGAUGGAAGAGGAUGAGUUUCUGAUGCUGAUUCUCAAGGCAAUAUCAAUUCUGGUAUCUGAUGACAAUGGCAACGGUAUGGCAUUCCUGUCAAAGGAUCUUGUUUUUGUUUCUCUGUCUUUCAUGCAAAAACUGUGGGCUAGGAUCCAAGAGCAGAAUCAGAAACAAAUGCAGAAUGUAAGUUGUAAAGAUAACAGUAAAUGGUCAGAUUUUUCUGCAAAGAAUUUGAUAGCAAAGGUGAUUUUUAGAUUAGCUAUAGAGCAAGUUGUCCUCAAUUGCUCAACAUGCUUUGUUGAUAUGGUGAAGAAAAGCAUUUUUAAAGAUGCAGGUUCUUGCUUUGAACAUUUUGCACGAUAUCAUUGGGAGAGCAGUCCAAUGUUGAUAAGAAAAAUAAAAGAGAGAGAAAGUGACAAUGACCUCAUUUCCUUAUUGAUUGGAGCAACAUCAAAGCAAAGUAUUGAUGAUAUAUUAGACCAGAUAUUGACAGGAAUGGUUUCUUGUCCACCUGUCUCAGCAGAUAACUUAGAUGUAAUAGAUUUUCUCAGAGAGAUACAGGACAGUCUGGGUCAUCCCAUGGUUUAUGGCCAGGACAUUCGAAUUAUAAGAUCAGUUACAGAAGAGGUAAAUGGAGAGUUUUCAAAGACAAUACCAAGGACAAAAGAAGAACACUAUUUUGGAGGGUUAAAUCACAGUGUAGAAGCAGAGAUGCCUAAUUUUGUCUGUUUGCAAGACUGUAAGAAAGCAUAUGAAAUGGGCUAUACAAUUGCAAUAAGAGGCAUGGAAUUCCGAUCUCAUAAGAUUGCUGAAGUAGCAGAGGCUUUAGCCAUGAUAUUUGGACAAGCAUCUGUAGGUGCCAAUCUCUACUUGACUCCUCCAAACUCUCAGGGGCUAUCUGUUCAUUAUGAUGAUCAUUGUGUCCUAGUUUGCCAACUUGCAGGAAACAAGAUAUGGGCUAUCUCUUCUCCGGAAAAAUUGCUUCCUCGUUUAUAUGAACCUUUAAGUGCUGUGCAUAAUGCACAAGUUGACAUUACUGACUUUAAACAAGUUCUGCUGAUGGAAAGAGAUAUUUUGUAUAUUCCUAGAGGAUUUCCACAUGCAGCACACACUAUUUGUAAUAAUCAAAUGUCAGAUGAGAGAAAGCUUUGUGAGGCAUGUCUAUGUGGCCAUGAUAUUCACCCUAGUAUUACGGCUAUAAAGACAAACAUGACUGAGCAAACACAUGGCUUUGAUAAUUUCCAGGCAUCACAGUCAGCUUGCCUCAAUAAAAGUAGUUACCACUUAUUCCAUAAGGCUACUGGAUUUGAUGCUUCACAGAAAUUUGCAGAUGAAUCUGCUAGGGAUGGAUACUCAUUGCAUCUGACCUUUGGAAUUGAGGUGGAGCCUCCAUUUGAGUGGGAAGGUAUCAUACACAUUGCUCUUCAUUACUGGGAACAAUGCCAAAAAAUGGAAAAUAUUAUACACAAUUAUGGUUCAGAGAAAAAUUUCUACAUUGCAGUACAAAUAUUACAUAUUGCAAUUAGGGACUUGGGAAAUUCAUACAGCCUUUUACGAAAGGCUUGUACAGUUGCUGCACCUUUUUUGCAUUGUAACAGAAGGAACAAAGAGUGGGAAGUUGAAUUUGGACCUGGUACAAACAUUGAUACUAAUUCACCUGGAUGCGAUGAAGAAGUUUCAUCUUCAGAGGAAGUGUUUUCUAGCUUAGUAGGCAUGGUAAGAAGACGAUGCAACUUUGCAGUUGCAUAUAGACAUAUAGAAAUUAAUGUGAGCCAUUUUGAUUAUGAUUUGUUCCCUUGGAUGAAGUGGCUUCGGCAUCUAUAUUCAGGAGACACUAAUUCAAGCAGUCAACAUGGUCUGAAUGAUCCUUCUGAAUAUUUGAAGGAGAUAUUUCCACCAGAUCAAGUGAAAAUAUUGGAUUAUGAAAGGGCAUUCUUGCAAGUGAAAUCCGAAUUUUGCAAUGAGGUUAAGUUUGAGGAAGCAUUCAAAGGUUUUCAAUUUCUUCUUGAAAAAUACAGGAAUGCCAGAAAACAGUUUAUCAAUGGAAUGUUGGCUUUGCAUUUAAGUUUAAUGAAGAGGACGUAACAAUAGACUUUGUUGUGAUUCCAUUACCUGCAAAAUAUUCUGUCAAGUGGUCAAUAUCUUUUGUUGGUCGUGUCCCAAUUCAGUGGAAAACAUUAACUGCUAGUAUUGUACUGGUGAUAGAAAUCACUUCGACAAUGGAGACUUGUAAACCAUAUAGAAGACAAGUUGGUUGGUUAUUCUUGUUUACAAUCAAAGGUAGGAAUCACCACACUAUAUUGUAAUAUAAAGCUUAUAAGAAUAUCAAUGAUUCAAUACAUCUAGUGAGGUAUGUGGAUUAGUUUAAUCUAGAUUUUAUUUUUUCUGGUAGGUAGUGGAUAACCAGUUAUGUAAUGGACACUUACGGUUAUAAAAUCAUUUGCAUUGCAAUA